CCAGCAGGCGGCAUCUCCUUCUGUCGCUGCACGUGCUUUGGCAAGAACUCGACCAUCAUCCCGCUGUACCGCCCGGCCGUGCCGUCCAACCCGUGCCUGUCGUGCACGCGCCAGUUCUGCCUCGACCAGAAACUCGCGGCGUGCGUUGGGGCCCAGACGCCGGACGAGGACCCGGACACGGCGACGGGCGAGGGCGGAGACGUCGAGGCAAAGUGCUUC